ACAUUUUCAUUUGUGCCCUAAGUGAGAUCCAGUGAACAUGGAGUACGGUAGAUUUCAAACGGUCGGUUGUCUGUUGAUCAUCCUGGGUAUGGCCAGUUCUCAGCCCCUGUCCUGGUGUGAUCCGGACUUAUGUCCUGACAACACGGUGCACAUAGCGUGUAAUAACGAUGGUAAAUUCCAUGAAAGCUGCUCCCCGGAUGCCACUAUGGUGGACCUGAAGCCUUAUCGCAAACUUAUCGUGAAUGAGCACAACAAGCGCAGGAACUACAUUGCCUCUGGAUCUUUGCCCGGCUACUAUCCGGCCACCCGCAUGGCCACCAUGGUGUGGGAUGAGGAGCUGGAGUACCUGGCCACGUUGAACCUGAAAACCUGUUACCUGGAGCACGACGACUGCCACAACAGCUACCGCUUCCGGAAUCUGGGUCAGAAUCUCUGCGGUGUCGAUCGUCGGAGGAACUGGGACUUGAACGUGACCAAUCUGGUGGAGCAGUCGAUGGGCUUGUGGUUUGGAGAGCACAAACUCAUCGACAGCAGUUACAUUACCGAUUUUAAGCUGACCAAAGACCUCGAAAAGUAUGGACACUUUGUGGAAACCGUGCUGGACAGGAACACCCAUGUGGGCUGUGCCAUGAUGCGCUUCACCAAUCCGCAGUACCCCUUCCUCUACAUCUACAAUACUGCCUGCAACUAUGCCAGUGUCUAUGCCAUCGGAGUUCCUGUUUACAAUGCCGGAAAGCCCGCCUCUGAAUGCCGGACGGGAAGUAAUCCAGAGUAUCCCGCACUCUGUUCCAUCAAGGAACAAUACAAUCCAAACCACAAUUUCUACUAGCUAAUCAACCAAAUGAUAAAUACGCAACCAAAAUACACUAUAGUUAAUGAACCU